AGUGAAUUAGCGCUUAAACUGCGUUGUAUAUAGAAAUGAUACCUAUAUAAAUUAGUUAUACUGUCAAUAAAACAGCCUAUGCAAAGUUGAGUUAUCAAGAGAAUAAAUCCUUUACAGAUAUACUCAGCGUAUUAACCAUGCGUCGUUAUAAAAGAUAUAUGGACAUUGGAAAUGAUACUGCGAUUCCACGUAAAACUGAAUAUCGACACAGAAGGAUGGAGAUGAUGCAUUCGAAUCCUUCAAGAGAAUCCAGCGUGGAUAGCAAUGAAUCAGCAAUUGAUCAGCUGUUAAAUACAUCACUCACCGAUCAAAAUGAAAUAGUUCAUCUUACCGCCAGCGAAAUCAAUAGUAUUAACAAUUUAUCGACUGAAUUUCCAGUAAACUCGAUUCAAAGAAGUAUGUGUGAAUCAACUAGUGGUGUAUCUUGUACACUCGAGAGUGACUUAUUUACUAGUAACCGAAUAGAUGAUUGUGAAACUGAUAAUACACGUGCAGUAGCUGAAGAAUCAAAAUCAAAUAGUAAUAAUAUAUCAGAAAUAAGUAAUGUAAGCAACAACGUCGUUUUUGAUGGAAGUGAAAAUGAAGAACGUUCCCAGGCUGAUGAUUCCAGCGAAAACGCUAUUCCGGAAGAGUUUGAAAGCAAUGCUGAUCUUUCCCAGUUGCUGUGUAAUUCAUUAGAUUGCACUCGAGGAGAAGUAUUAUUGAUGGCAAUGACUAUAGGAAUGCGUCACUCACUAACGUGGGAAGCUAUUGUUGACAUACUUAAAAUGGUCAACGCUAUUUUUGGAGAAAAAGUUGUUCAUGAUUCAAAAUAUUUUCUACACAAAUUUUUUCCAUCUAACAUUGCUAAUGGUGUGUAUCAUAUAUAUUGCCCCCAGUGCCACAGAUACGUCGGUAUUCGUAAUAAUUUAGAAAACAAUAUUUGUUGUCCGUGUGGAUACACAAUGGAUAUAUCUACUACGAGCUCUUAUUUUCUACAAUUCGACGUUCGCAGUCAACUAAAACAUUUUUUUGAUAAUCCAAAAUUCAGAAAUAAUUUAAAUUAUCGAUACACUAGAGUUAAAAUAAAUAACGCGGCGCUGGAAGAUAUUUUCGAUGGCCUUAUGUACCAACAAAAAGCUCAUUUAUUCAUCGAUAAUCCAAAUAUAUCAUAUACCUUCAAUACCGAUGGCUGCCAAGCUGCUGACUCAUCCAACACUACGGUUUGGCCAAUCUACAUGAUGUUACAUGAUUUACCCCCAGCGGAACGCAAAAAAUAUAUGAUACUUGCUGGUCUUUGGGUUGACAGAAUUGAACCGAAAAUGAACAUUUUUUUAGAAUCGUUUGUUAGCCAAGCGAAUGAUCUUUCUUCGUCAGGAAUCACGUGGAAAUUAGGUGACAGACAAAUAACUAGUCGGUUGAUUCCCUUGAUAUGUCCGGUAGAUUCUGUAGCCAGGUGUAAAAUGUUAAAUAUGAAACAAUAUAAUGGGUUCUUUGGGUGCACUUUUUGCAUGCAUCCAACUGAAACAGUUGAUCGGCAAAGAUGCUAUACAGUUACAAAAAAAAUUCCAGCACUUCGUACUGAUUCUUCUAUAAAGUCAAUGAUGUUAGAAGCUUCUAAUAUUAGACAAUUAGAUACCAGUGUUUUCGGAGUUAUGGGAGCUAGCAGUUUGAUGAAUCUGCAUCAUUUUGAUCUUGGUGAAGGAAUGGUUGUUGAUGAUUUGCAUGCUGCAUUUCUGGGAGUAGCUCGUAAAUUUACAGAGAUUAUUUUGUCAGCAGUAGGAGAAGAGUAUUACGUGGGAACACCUUCUCGUUUAUCUAGGAUCAAUCGACGUUUGUUGCAUUUUUGUCCACCGACUGUAAUAUCACGCACACCACGAAGCCUGGAUGAAAGACGGAAUUGGAAAGGUUCUGAAUGGCAAAAUUGGACUAUUUUAUAUUCGCUUAUAUGUUUAAAAGGGAUACUAGAAAAGAAAUAUUUUGAACAUUGGGCCUUGUUUGUGGCGGCUAUAAAUAUUCUGCUUCAAAACAGUAUUGUGGAAGAAUCAUUGAAAGAUGCGGAAGUGCUUUUAAUUAGGUUCGUUGUUGGAUUUCAAGAACUUUAUGGUAAAAGAGCUAUGUCUUAUAAUAUUCAUCUUCUCUUACAUAUAUGCCGAAGUGUCAGAAAUUGGGGUCCUCUAUGGACACACAGCACAUUUCCAUUCGAAAACCAGAACCGUUUUCUGUUGAAUCUGAAGCAUAGCCCAGCUCGUAUUAUUCCUCAAAUAAGCCAAAGAUUCCUAUCUUUCCAAAAAAUUCAAUCAUUUCCCGAACAAACAAGAAUAAGUCCGAGAGUUCAAAAUUUUUGUAGUUCACUUUUUGAUAGAAACCUUAAGUUUUUUACAAGGACUCCAGAUUGUGUCCUACUGGGUAAAGGAAAAAACCAUAUUUUGAGUAGACAAGAAUUGCUAAUUUUGCAGCAUGAUGUGGAUGCUUGCUGGUCGUAUGAUAAAAUGAUCUAUAGCGGUGUUAGAUAUGUUACUGCUUUAUACCAUCAAGAAAUUUGUAAAAAAUCAAACGAUUCCAACGUAUGUCUUAAGUCAGGACAAAUUGGAAAAAUUGUUAAUAUUUAUAAAAUAUCGUAUGAAGGCCAAGAACAAAUCUUAAUUCUUAUCAAUUUGUACCAUAUUGAGAAUGAUUUUUUGUCAAAUAGAAACGUUACCGUACAACAUAUAAGAAAAUGUAGUACUGUUGAUAAUCUUCAAUUAUUUACACCUACAGAUUUACUUCGACCAUGCCUGCAUAUGAAAACAGAAAAGUCAGAAUAUGUUAUCGUAAUACCAUACGGCUGUGAUCGAGAUUGAAGAAUAUUUUUGUAUUUUUAUAUUUGUACAUAUUUGUAUAUUUUUAAACAUCGACGAUAAAAUUGAAAUAAUUGACCAACUUGCUUGUGUAAUUUUUGUUGUUAAUAAAUAAAAAAUUUCCCUCAG